GUCCUGGACUGCGUUUCACGGGUUACCCCUGGGCCCAGCACACUCUGCCUUCAGGAGUAGCAAUGGCUCUCCAUGUAGUUAUUGCAAGCCUGUUUUUUUGUCCUCCAAUGAUUCUGAAACCCUGGGAAUAAAUAUUGCUUGAUUUGGCUUGGCGUUUUCCACUCAGCCCCUGCACAUCAUGACUUGUCAGUUAUUGAUCAGCAAGUCCUGGCUUCAACUGGGGUCAAUCAGUCCACCUCUAAUUUGGGUUCAUUCCAACCUGUAAAUAAAGUCACAUUGCUAACCACAUAGGAGACAACUGAUGAGAUGCCAGAGGAGGAGAAAUGUGAUUGGCUGGGGACAGAGGGGUGUUGUCCACCGCUCCAAUGGACCUCUUCCUGAUCACACGUUCCACGGCUGGUUUCCACCCAGGCUUGCUCAUAAAUUGCCACACCAACUGGAAGCAAGGAACGCUCACAUCUAACGGUCCUGAGAUCCCCCGAGGCUUUAGGCUCAAAGAAGUCUCUCCUCUCGCAACCAUGGAAGAUUACUUCUCUGCGGUCCGCAAGAUGGAGCAAACGGUGAUGUUCCCCAGCGUUCUCCAGGGCGUCCCCUUGGAAUGGCAGGACAACACGCCUGAGGCUGACUCGGGCGGCAAAGAUCUGUAUGAUUAUUACACGCUGCUGAAAUCCAUGAAGCUGGUGGUGGAAGGUGGCCUGUUGCCUCUCAGUAACCAGAACCCUGAUGUCGCCAGCCGUCUGAAAGAACAGGAAGAGAAAGAGAAGCAGAACCCUGAAGGCUAUUUCUAUUACCACGUGUCCAGCUUGUAUCGUGUCCUCGCACAGCUGACAAGGAGAGCCAACGCCGUCACCUCCAAAUACAAUGAAAUUAUGGGGCAGAUUAACCAGGGCGAAAUUCAUCUCGGCUGAUGAGAAAAGCAUGGUGCAAAGAGCAAAGGUAAGAUGUCCUUCAUUGCUCAAAUGGGAAUUCCCAGCCUACUGACACCAGGAAGGCAUAUUUGCGGUACUCUUUUUGGUGCCUGCUUAAAACAUUUUUGUUUAGGUGA